UAGUAAAUGUUAUAUGGGUUGCGAAAGCAAGUGCUCCCUUCGCUACGGAAUAUGCCUAAUAAUUUACCCUGUUAAAACAGUGGGUUUCUAUUUUUUUUUACUGAGUGAGGCCUGGCCUGGAAAAGUGCUAACUGAGCAUAAGUAUGAAAUACACGUGAUUAUAUUACACUAGCUAUUGCCUGUGUAAUAUCCAAUGCGGCGGCGGCGCUCAGCUGUAACGAGCUGUUGAUAAAGUGCGACAGAGCUGCCCUCGGGCAACCCGCCGGCAGCACACGGCCAGCUCGCGGCCCGCUCGCGGCCAGCACGCGCCAGCAUGCGCACAGCGCGCCUCGCGACCGCGAUCCGCCUGGCCGUGGCGGUGCAGGCCCUCUGCGUCUGCGCACCAACUCCGCUCAACAGCCAACACUUUACAUACGAGAAAUUACACAAUUAUGGACUAGGUAAGCGAGUCAUCCCAAACUAUAGACGUGUGAAUUUUGGAUACGCGUACCCGGAGCCGCUGCGGGGCGCGCGGGUUUCGGCGGCAGGUGCAGGGGCGGGGUACGUGCGCGCCCCGUACCGCAGCCUGUACCAGGGCGCGCGGCGCCGCGGCGACCGGCGUGUGUAUAUGAAGCGCUUCGACUACGCGGCCAAACCCACCGGACACCGCAUCUUCUGCCAGACCAUCACCGACUGCGAGAUCUCGCACGUGGCGAUAGAGACGGGCGCGGGCGAGGCAGUGCCGGUGCUGCUGCGCGGUGGCGCGGGACACCGCCACCUCAGUGCGGUGGUUAAGGCGCCCGCCGGCGCGCCGCUGCGGGGCUCGCUCAAGGUUUACUGCCGCGGCCCGCCGUCGCCGCCGCCGCAGCGCCCUACCUUACUUACCUAACUCAUCAUAUAUGUACACUAUCGUUUUGAAAAAAUAUGUUGUAUUACAAUAUGUCCCUUAUUUUGUUUAUAAGAUUUUCACAUUCCUACAACUCAUUUAUGUUAUGUUAUAUAUUCCAUCGUCAUCAGACACUUUCACCCUGUUCUGUUAUUUAGUUAGUUAUUUACAUAAUUUCAAAUUAAAAACGAUCACCCUGUAUAAAGUGAUGUUGUUAAAUCGGAUAUCAUUCAAGGGCAAAUGGCAAGAACAUAUUGUACACGCUAAGGUCGACUAACAUAAAUGUUUUUUGUUUAUGAUACAUAAUUAAAUAAUUAACAUUA